AACCACAAAGGGAGGGGACGCGAGUUUCAUUUUACUGUAAACUGAGUGAAGUGUCAUUAUUAAGUCUCAGUCAAAUAUGACCAAUUGAAAGAAUGAAGGGUGCAUCUGUCCUGUGGCUGCUGUGGUUGAUCUCCCUGCUGUGUGGCUCAACAAAUCAAGCUCGUCUGACUGUGAGCCCCAGCAGCUCUCAGCUGUUUGAAGGUGACUUUUUGUCUCUGAGCUGUGAGGCUGAGGACUGCCCUGCUGGAUGGACUGUGAGGAGGAACACGCCCAAACGACAAAGGAGUCGGUGUGGAGAUGGGUGGGGAAAACAAGUCGGUUCGUGUUGUACCAUCACCUACAUCUUCAGAAGGGACAGUGGUGUUUACUGGUGUGAGUGCGGAGAGGGAAUAAGCAGUAACACCGUCAACAUCACUGUGACUGGUGGCCGAGUGAUCCUGCAGAGUCCUGUGCUUCCUGUGAUGGAGGGAGACAGCAUCACGCUGCUCUGUAAAUCAAAGCCCCCACAUUCAAACCUCUCAGCUGUUUUCUAUAAAGAUGGCUCCGUCAUCAGGACUGAGUCAACAGGUCACAUGACCAUUCCUCAUGUUUCCCUGUCUGACGAAGGCCUCUACAAAUGUCACAUCAGUCAACAUGGGGAGUCUCCACCCAGCUGGAUCACUGUCACAGGUAAACCUACAACUACAGCCCCGCCUUCCACAUUAUCCCCACCCUCUACAUCAACCCUGUCUUCUGCCUCAACUUUGCUUUCUGUCUCAACCCCAAUGACCACACCGAUCCAAUCCACUGCCAUGGCGUCUCCUUCUGCCACAGCUCUGCCUACUGAUUCAGCUCCACCAGCUGUCUCCAUUCACCGACCACUUGUCUUGAGAGUGGUCUGCCACCUGGUGGUGUUCUGUCCAUAUGUCAUCACAACUGUCCUAAUGGUGUCUUUAUAUCGACAAAGACCCACAGCAACAGCGCCACACCCCCACCCUGAGCAGAAACUGACAGAGGACUUUGACAUCAUGGAGGUCACCAUCGAGCAUCAUUUCUAAACUGUACAGAACAGAGAAAUAUUUUUGUCAUGUAAAAGUAAUAAAUAUUAGAUUAAAUAGAUCUGAUAUUUUAUGGCAGCACAAAGUCAUGUAUAAUGUUGGAGGUAAACAAAGUGCAGUUUUUUGACUGCAUAUUCAUAUCUACAAGCCCAGUUUAUUACCAAAGACUGCUGCCAGUGAUUGUACAAAUGAGAGAAACAAACAUUUAAAAACACUCUAUGUGAGACUAUAAAAGAUUACUCUUACUGAUGUUUUUAUCUGAUGGUGGGUGCACCAGUUUUUGAGAAGUAUCUGUCCAUUUGUGGUGAGAAUUCUACUUUAGAAAACAAGGGUGGAUUGCUUGGUCCCUCUUCUUUGCACCAGGAUCCUUUUCCUCAUGUCCUGAACAUCUGGGCUCAGGGUGUAAAUAAAUCCUCUUUUGUCUCCAUCAGUGUAUGAAGAACAUGCACCUGUCAUUUGCUCUUUCCUGUUAAACAAAAACCAAAACACAUAAUAAAACAAAUGAUCAGAGACUUAGAACCUGUGUCAGAGGUGACAGACGUCUAUAGGAGCAAAAGUCAUUUAGCAGCCAAUGUAGUCUCCCCCUAGUGGCCUUUAAACAGAAUGCAGGCUUAAGGAAAACAUUUUUGAACAGAUUGAAAGAUCAUGACUACGUCAGGAAAUGCCGUGAGUGCCAUGAAGCACUAAAGGAACCACUGAAGCACCUUUUCUCAGUCUGUUGACACUCUGAACAGCUCUUAUUGUUGCUGGCAGUCACAUAGAUCAGGGUCGUGCUGCUCAGUGAGCAUUUAAACAGCUUCUCCUGUUGAACAUUUCCACCUUCUGUGCUGUUUUGAUUUCCUAAUAAAAAAAUGGCUGAAUUAAGCUCCAGGGAAAAAUGUUUCACAUGUAUGAAGCACUUUUCUUGUGUUACAAGCUGCUACAAAUUUAUAUAUUACAAUAAGUCAUCUUUUUUCAGUUGAAUUAAACUAGCUUUUUUGUGGCUCAAAAUUGGCUGAGGGACUGAAUUUUUGCCCUUCGAUGAACAAAAAAAUACUCUGAAACUGUUGAACCUGCCAUGAAGAAAACUUGUUAAAAGCACACUCCUGUGCUUCCUUACGGCAGGUAAGAAAAAAAUGUGACUUUAACCAAACCUAUAAUUGUGUGCUAGCAAAAAUAAAUACAUACAAAAUGUCCUUAACAUUUUUUAAAUCAAACUGAUCCAUUUUAUCAUUAGGCUGGUAUAUAUGUGUAUCGUCACACCUAUCUUCCAUUUGACAGUCCUCAUAUACUCAAUUAAAAACUAAAACAGACACUGAAACUAACAAAAGCUAAACAUUUAAAGAGGAAACAAAAAUGUAAACUAAUAAAAAAAAAUAAAACGCAAAUUCUGCUCUACAUUAUCUUUAUGUGAACCAUAAAGAUUCAACAAGAGCGGCACACUCAAGUGAAAGAAUAAAUAGAUCUUUAUUGGUCUCAGGGUCAUGAUUGUACAGAGCAUGUGCAGAACAUACAAAAGA